CUAUGGAUUGAUCACAAGUCGAAACAUGGUUAGAGCACUUAUGUGUCUUGAACUUAUACUGAAUGCUGUUAAUAUGAAUCUCAUAACAUUUUCUGAUUUAUUUGAUAGUCGCCAAUUAAAGGGAGACGUUUUCUCGAUCUUUGUUAUCGCUAUUGCAGCCGCCGAAGCAGCUAUUGGACCAGCUAUUGUUUCUUCGAUCUAUCGUAACAGAAAAUCAACUCGUAUCAAUCAAUCAAAUUUAUUGAAUAAAUAAAAAUAGUCGGUAGUCGGAACCUUUACUCAAAUAAAAUAUAUAAAGACAUAUACGUUAUGUCACUCUGUAGAAGUAAAUAGACACUCGACUCACGUUAUGGAUCAAUGGAUCAUAAGCAUGGAUUAGGAAUAAGAGUACAAUAAAUUUUAUACGUUUUCUUUCUUUAUUAUAUAUAACUAUAAUUCAUUUAUAGAUUAGCAAAACGUGUAUUGACUGAUAUGACCAUGUUUGAUGAAAGAUAAGAGAUCAAAGUAUCUUGGGCCUAUCUCAUGAACAGAUCAGAAAUAGAUUUCUAACAAAACUUUAUGGUCUAAUCACCGAUUCGUCUGGUGCCAAAAUAUUUAAUCAUUUACUAAAGCUACCAGACCGAAAAUUUAUGACGUUCCAAAAAAAAUUAAUAGAUCUAAUGUCACACUCAGUAAAGAUUUAUGAUACAUGUAUAGGGUGUACCCAAUGCGUACGAGCGUGUCCUACAGAUGUCCUGGAAAUGAUACCCUGGGACGGAUGUAAAGCUAAGCAAAUUGCUUCCGCACCAAGAACGGAGGACUGUGUAGGUUGUAAGAGAUGUGAAUCUGCUUGUCCAACGGAUUUCUUAAGUAUACGGGUUUAUUUAUGGCAUGAGACAACCCGUAGCAUGGGUCUAGCUUAUUAAUACGUUACAAAAAACUCCCCUUGAAUCCAUUUGAUUCCUCUUUACCGACAAAAACCCGUACUCGAUAAAUAAAAAAAUCCGAGCGCGGGUUUUUCUGGUCAAAUCAAAGUGUAUUUUGUCUUUACUAUGAGUGAUUUUUAUUGGUUAACAAUCAUUGUUGUUUUGCCCAUAUCCGCGGGUUCCUUAAUUGCUCUUUUCCCUCAUAGAGGAAAUAAGGUAGUUCGAUGGUAUACUAUCUGUAUCUGCUUAUUUGAACUCCUUCUAACGACCUACGUAUUCUGUUAUCAUUUUAAAUUGGACGAUCCAUUAAUCCAAUUGGAAGAAGACUUUAACUGGAUAAAUAUUUUUGAUUUUCACUGGAGACUCGGAAUCGACGGACUUUCUAUAGGACCCAUUUUAUUGACAGGAUUUAUCACUACUUUAGCUACUUCAGCGGCUUGGCCAGUUACCCGAAAUUCGCGAUUGUUCCAUUUCCUGAUGUUAGCAAUGUACAGUGGUCAAAUAGGAUCAUUUUCUUCUCGAGACCUCUUACUUUUUUUCAUCAUGUGGGAAUUAGAAUUAAUUCCUGUUUACCUACUUUUAUCCAUGUGGGGAGGAAAGAAACGUCUGUACUCAGCUACAAAGUUCAUUUUGUACACUGCAGGAGGUUCCAUUUUUCUCUUAAUGGGAGUUCUAGGUAUGGGUUUAUAUGGUUCCAAUGAACCAACAUUAAAUUUUGAAACAUUAGCUAAUCAAUCGUAUCCCGUGGCAUUGGAAAUAAUAUUUUAUUUGGGUUUCCUUAUUGCUUAUGCUGUCAAAUCACCGAUCAUACCUUUACAUACAUGGUUGCCAGAUACCCAUGGAGAGGCGCAUUACAGUACAUGUAUGCUUCUAGCUGGAAUCUUAUUAAAAAUGGGAGCAUACGGGUUGGUUCGGGUCAAUAUGGAAUUAUUACCCCACGCCCAUUCCAUAUUUUCUCCUUGGUUGAUGAUAGUAGGGACUAUUCAAAUAAUCUAUGCAGCUUUAACUUCUCUUGGUCAACGCAAUUUAAAAAAGAGAAUAGCCUAUUCUUCCGUAUCUCAUAUGGGUUUCAUAAUAAUAGGAAUUAGUUCUAUAACCGAUGCGGGACUCAAUGGAGCUAUUUUACAAAUCAUCUCUCAUGGAUUUAUUGGUGCUGCACUUUUUUUCCUGGCAGGAACAAGUUAUGAUAGAAUACGUCUUCGUUAUCUUAACGAAAUGGGGGGAAUAGCUAUACUAAUGCCAAGAAUCUUUACGAUGUUCAGUAGCUUCUCAAUGGCUUCUCUCGCAUUACCAGGAAUGAGUGGUUUUGUUGCAGAAUUUGUGAUAUUUUUGGGAAUAAUUACUAGCCCAAAAUACCUUGUAAUGUCAAAAAUACUAAUUACUUUUGUAAUGGCAAUUGGAAUGAUAUUAACUCCUAUUUAUUCAUUAUCUAUGUCACGCCAGAUGUUCUAUGGAUACAGGUUAUUCAAUGUUCCCAAGUCUCACUUUGUGGAUUCUGGACCACGAGAAAUCUUUAUUUUGAUGUGUAUCCUUUUACCUAUAAUAGGUAUUGGUAUUUAUCCAGAUUUCGUUCUUUCACUAUCAGUUGACAAGGUAGAAACUAUUCUAUCUAAUUACUUUCAUGGGUAGCUUUCAUGGAUGGAUUUUUUUAUGGUUAUGGGCAGCACAGAAGAUCCAAUCCAAUAAUCCUGCACUGCUGUUUACAAACAAAUCAAUCGUUGGCUAGACCAAUCAAAAGGAAAAGAAGAUUUUUCCUUCUAUCAAGUCAAAAAUGCAAUUAAAUGAAGGAAAUUGUAAUCAGAAAUAUCUGUAGUUUUUAUUAUUUAACUACAGAUAUUUCUGAUUACAUAUAUAUC